AUGACGUCCCUCUUCGGCUCCUCCCCAAAGCCCGCCUCGUUCUCCCCGUCGCCCGAAGAGACCGCGGCGCGAGUGGAGAUGCUCAAGACCCAGAUUCGCAACGAAAUGGCGAUGCGCAAUGCGUCAGAGCUUAUGGGUAAACUCACCGAGAAGUGCGACACCAAGUGCGUCACAAAGCCAGGAUCCUCUCUCUCCGGUUCAGAACAAAAAUGCAUAUCCCAAUGUAUGGAGCGCUAUCUAGAAGCAUUCGACAUUGUCAGCAAAGCAUACGUUGCCAAGAUCAGAGAGGAGAAGUCUUCAUUCUGA